AUGGUUGGAACACUGGCACUCCCGGUUCAAGUGGUGGCUCGAUCUAACAAUACGAGUCGAAGUGUAGCGCAAGAGGACAAACCGGAUGUAAACAGUGUUAAUACUUCGGAACCUGAAAAAUCUGCACAACCUUCUUCCUCUUCUUCUCAUUUGAGGCGGAAACUUUCUAAACAGCUGACCGUAGACGUAGAUGAAGUCGACGAUAAUUCUGCGACACCUAUAUUUGUCGGAUCGACGGAUGAUGACUAUUUUGAACAUGCUCCUUCUUCUUCUUUUAGUCAAUUUUAUAAGCCUUCACUAGAGACAACUCGUCGAGGAUCUGCUGAUAAUGUAAAGAGAAAUAGUGAAGAAGUGCAGCCAACUGAUCGCCCGCAAUCUUUACCGGUAACUGAGACGCCGUCGUCA